UGAGAGGACAAAACUCUCAAAUAUCAAUAACAUCAUAUGACUCUUUGUCAAAGUUAAUAACGUACAUAGAUAAUUUCCUAUUGCUCGAGAUUGCCUGCCACGUGAUAUAUGACUGAUUAAAAGCAUAUGGAUUUGUUUUACGAUACUUUAUAUUCUGAAACUGGAAUUAUACAUCAAAACACGUAUGAACUACACGAAAUGCCGAUGGUUGAUGGGGCUCUAGAGGCUGUCAACGCAAUUAAUCCGGAAAGGGAACAGACCUGUGUUGAUGAACCACACAAAGUUGAGACGAUUCAGUAGACUUAUUGUCGUGACACUAAGCCCUGUGAUUAGGCCUUUGUCCGUUUUUAUCUUUCCAAUAACGGAUACUAUCUCCACAGUUCUAUUAUCACGUUUCCCUAUGAUACCAUCGCCACGUUCAGAGAUACAGGGAUGAAAGAAAUCAAAGAACAAACAGUAUGCAGUAGCUGUUUCAACCUUAAGAUUGCACUGGAAACAAACGAUUCAGAUAAUGAAGCUUUGCGUAAAACUACUAAAAGAUUAGGUGAUGAAAUUCGAGAGUGUGAACGGAAAUACGCUUCUUUGGAAAAACGGUCAAAUGAUAUUACCGCUCAAAUGGCUGGUGUGUUAGAACUUAGUGGCAAUCUAGAGAACGUAAAUGACAAAUUUGCUAAUACGAAACUUUCCAAGAGGUUUCAGGAUCUGUAUGAUAGACAAUGGACUGAACUGUCAGAAUGGCUACAGGAAAACGUCCAAGACAUGACAGAAAUUCAACAAAUAAAAUUUAUUACGAGUAUGAUGAAGCUUGCUAAUAAAGAAUGCAUAGAAACUGCUGAAAAUCAGCUACGACAGUUUUUAUUUUUAGACAAACAUGAGCCACUUCCAUCACCACAAGAGGAUCCAGAAUUAUUUAAAAGUAGAAGAAUGAAUGGUCAGAAGGAAAAAACUAGAGGGAAGCUUAAACGUAAAAUUACAAAAGACAUUCUCAAUACCCAAGACGCUUAUAGUUUCAUUCAAGCCGAUAAACUGAACGAAGUAAAGGGAAAACUUGAGAACUUUUUCACAGAAUUUGUUGACAUAUGCUGGCUGAUGACAAUUUCUCAUCCAAAGAUGCUCCUAAAUUUUAAUGUAAUUGGAAAACCUUAUUGUGGUACAACAAAAGAACGAUUUAAGCAAUACUCGUGUCAAGAUACGGUGUCAGACGAAACAUUGCCUAAUGGCGCUAUUUUUGAGGUUGUUUGGCCUAGUGUUGAAUUAGAGAACGGUGAAGGAAUUUGCGCUAAAGGGGAUGUCAUUACUGUGGGAAAGUGAAAGCUGAUAAAGAUGAUAAAUGUGAAAAUCCCGAACUGAAAUAAAUUCACACCGGGAGAUGGAUUAAUGUUAUGUAUUGCGAAAAUAGUUUGACACUUUUUGUCAUAAUUUUACGAGUAAGUCAAAAACAAAAAUUCACUAUCCUGUA